AUGAAUUAUGAGCUUCCUACUUCUCCUUCUUGUGCUGAUGCUGUGCCAGCCAGUCUCUGGGAAGCUUGUAUACCUUAUGAUACACUAAGAAUACCACGCUACAUUUUUAAUAUUCAAGUGGUCAACAAGGAUGCCUGGAUCUUGAGAAAUCUCACUCUUGGCUACAAUAUCCAUGACAACUAUGUGAGCACACUUGGGACAUCAGAUGCCUUGCUGGAUAUGCUUUCUACUGGAGAAGCCAAUGUUCCUAACUACAGCUGUGGAAGGAAAGACAACCUUUUAGUUCUUCUUGAUGGAUCUAAAAAGGACAUCUCCAUCCAAAUGUCAACAUUAGGAAGCAUCUACAAAAUCCCACAGAUCCAGGAGGAGAAGGACAGAGGGCAACAAGAUACUUUGGGCUCCAAGGCUACAACCAUGGCAGGUAGAGAGUCCUACAAAGAUCCAUCAAUCUUACUUCAACAGAAAAGGAGGGGAACCAUCUCAACCUACUUGCACUAUGAGAGGUUCCAUCCCUUUCUGGAGAAGAAUGAAUUUUGGAAUAUUUCCAGGAUGAAACUGUACUUUGACAAAAAUGGAGAUUUAGAAGCUGAUCUGGUCAUCAUUAGUUCAAUGGUUUUCCCCAAUAAGGAACUAAUGCCAGAGCAACUGGGGAGUUAUGAGAGAAAAAGAGUUAUCAUCAACCCUGAUACUCUGUCUCGGCUAAAGUUCCUCAACAAGGUGAUUAACACAGCAGAGCAGAUUAUCGCACCUCAGCUGUGUUAUUUCCCUGAAGGAACAUUGAAGUCUCUGCCUCAAUCCAAAUGUGUAGAAAAUUGUCGUCCUGGUUUUGCCAAGAGAGCUCGGGAAGGGGAGCCAGUUUGCUGCUACAACUGCAUUCCUUGUCCAAAAGGGACCAUCUCUACUCAGGAAGAUACAGAAAAAUGCACCAAAUGUCCAGAUGAUAAAUACCCAAAUGAAGACCAAGUUCAUUGUAUUCCCAAAAUCAUAACGUUCCUGUCUUAUGAAGACCAUCUCGGCAUCAUCCUGGUUUCUUUUGUCCUACUCUUCUUCCUAAUUACAGUCUUUGUGUUGACCAUAUUCAUUAAAUACCUACAAACUCCCAUUGUCAAAGCCAACAACCGGGACCUCUCUUACAUCCUCCUUGUCUCCCUCCUGCUCUGCUUCUUGUCUCCUCUUCUCUUCAUUGGUCAACCAAGAAAUGCCACCUGUCUUCUCCAACAAAUGGUGUUUGGCAUCAUCUUCUCAGUUGCCAUUUCUUCUCUCUUGGCUAAGACAAUCACGGUGGUGCUGGCUUUCCUGGCCACAAAACCAGGAAACCGAAUGAAGAGAUGGUUGGGGAAGAGCUUGGCCAACUCCAUCAUCCUUUCUUGUUCUGCUGUCCAAGUUAUCAUUUGCUCCAUCUGGAUGGGAGUUUCUCCCCCAUUCCCUGACUCUGACCUCCACUCCCAGCCUGGAGAGAUCAUCCUGCAAUGCAAUGAAGGCUCUGUUGUCAUGUUCUACCUCACCCUCAGCUACCUGGGCAUCUUGGCUGCUAUCUGCUUCACAUUAGCUUUCCUAGCCAGGAAUCUCCCUGGGGCCUUCAAUGAAGCCAAGUUGAUCACCUUCAGCAUGCUUGUCUUCUGUAGUGUCUGGGCAAGUUUUGUGCCUGCCUACUUGAGCAUCAAAGGAAAAUACAUGGUGGCUGUUCAGGUCUUCUCUAUAUUGUCAUCAAAUGCUGGUCUGCUGUUCUGCAUCUUCAUCCCCAAGUGCUACAUUAUCAUCCUGAGGCCAGACCUCAAUAUAAAGGAGCAUUUUACAUCUAGAAGAAAUGCAGAAGUGCACAUUUUGACUGAGGUAGAGACUAAGCAGAAAAAGAAAGAAUUUUCCCCAAAAGUAUGUUAA